AUGGCAUUGGACGCGCGCACGAUGACAGUAAAGUUAGCGGAGCUGACAGAGCAUUUGGGCUGCGUGCUGUGCCACGGAAUUCUGCGAGACGCACACACCAUCCCCGACUGUCUUCAUUCAUUCUGUAAGAGCUGCAUCUAUCGACAUUUCCUCGUGAAGGGCAGCUGCAUCUGUCCCAAAUGCAACAAGGUGCUGAGCCCUCGACCAAUUGCAACGUUGAUCACGGAUCAAAAACUACAGGCCGUAGUGGACCGCAUUUUUCCUGAGUUUAAAGAGCACGAGUUAGUACUGGAAAAAGAGUUCUACACCACGAAUACUUUCAAGCUCAAACCUGACUCAGACCACAAGGAUGGAGCCAACGGUUCAUCAUCUGCACCGGGGACUUCAUCCUCUCGUGGACGGUCAAAGAACUCAGUAAAGCCACAUGACGCUAAGACGAGCACCAACGGAAGCAACGUUUCGUGUACUAAACAGUUCACGAUUGAAGUUUAUCCGCAGCACACAAAUGCCAAUGCAUUGCCGGAGCUUAAAUUCCCAUUUAUGCAGGUGAGCGGCAACUUCAAGAUGUUUGAGCUGCGCAAGUUAAUCCAGAAACGUCUGAAGGUACCGGACGAAGUACAAUUUGAGAUGGCGUGCAUGGGCGCUACAGUGGGGCCAGAAUUGUCGGUGCAUUUCAUCCAGCGAACAAUCUGGCAGCAUCAGAAGCAGAAGGGUCCGCUUGUGUUGCACUAUCGACACCUGACAUCAUGA